ACUCCGCACAUCACCCAGAAUUGCAUCCCUAGACCACAGAACUACUAGAUCAUCAUGACCAAAGAUUGGGACUUGGUUCAAGAUGAAAUCAAGGAGCUUUCGUUUGCGCAGAAGAAGCCGCUUGAAGAGGUCAAGGAGCUCAUGGAACGAAAGUACAAGUUUUAUGCUUCGACUAGGGCGUAUCGGAUGAAGUUGAAGGAAUGGGGCCUCAUGAGACACAAACAGCGAAGCACAAACAAAAUCCGGCAUGCGACUAGGCAUACAAGCAAAGAUGCUACUGUUGACAACGCCGGGUGUGAGACAGAUGCUAUUGCAGUAGAUCAACAAACUCAAGAGGAUGGCGCAAAGACUAGUGAUUGGCAGCUUGUUGCCAGUCAGCCGAGCUUAGUCGCCGAUGGACCUGACGAGGUUACUGAGCACAUGUUCGCAGGGCUUCUGGACCAGCCUGUAGAUCUCCAGAUAUCCAUGGAUACCUGGUCGACAGAUUCUACUCAGCCAUCGGACACAGUAUUGGACAUGGUCGAAGCAAUCCUCGAUUACGACCUGGAGAGGUUAGGAAAGCUCUUGGUUGACAACAUCGAGCACAUCAAUGAACCCAUCGGUUCAACGUUAUUCGGGCCUACCGGUCGCUUCUUCGGUCACCCUGCGCUAAGCCAAAUGGUCAUCCUGCAGCAUGCCGGGCAAACCUUGUUCGAUAUCGCAUGCGGCCUGCCCUGCGGCCCAGUUGCCUGGAUGUUACUUACAUAUGGUGCAAAAGGUUCCAAACACCCGCUCGGCUCAGACCUGGCUUUGCAUAAUGCCAUCAAAAAUGGACGAGUAUAUACUGUUCAAGUGCUGCUACAACCAGACCGCUCAGCCGUCAAUGGCCUUCCUGACUCGAAGUGGACGCCGCUUCGCCAGGCCGUGUUCUGGAUGCAGCCAGAAGUAGUCCGCGUGCUUCUGAGGCGAGGAGCGACUGUUGAAGAUGCAGGACCUCCACCCGUUCAGUCAGGUUUAAAUUCGCCUCUACAGCUGUGUCUGGUGCGCCGGGAAACCAACUACGCUGAUCCAUCUUAUCGCACACGAUGCCAUCAGAUUCUUAAACUCUUGCUCGACGCAGGAGCAAAUGUACACGUCACAUCUCCAGACCCCAUGGUUCAAUCCACUUUUGAGUCAUUCAUAAGGCCAUGGACAAGUCGCCCAUAUUGGGGAUUUGAAAUCUCCCAGGAAGAGCUCGAGUGUUUUGGAAUGUUUGUGAGCAGAGGAGCCAAUCUUCAGUUACCGUUUCACGGAGUUCCCUGUCAAUCUGCUACCAAGGAAACGUUUGUGCAUCAGGCAAUUUGGCACUCUUCGCCAACUUUUGCCAGAUCGCUCAUCGACAACUUUGUGCCGUCGGCUAGUGGCAAUGGCAUGGCUCUCCUGCAAGAAAUCCUCGGCAGUUGUCCAGAUGCGAAGCGACAUCCCACCGAUACACUGCGAGAUAUGCAGGUUCUACUUACAAAAGUUGUUAAUCCAAACCGUACAGGCCAAGAUUUGAUCAGCCCCUUGCGCAAGUGUAUCACAGAUUGCCCUGCUGUCGACCUUGUUGCUCGCCUCCGGGUUCUUCUUGAUGCUGGCGCGAACCCUGAAGCUCAAGACCCAGAUGGGGUGCAGCUAUAUGUUCUUGCAGCGGAAACCUUUGACGAGCCUCUGCUGUCUGAGGUCAUGUCGAUUCUGGUCGCCAAGAUUCCCGGAAGACAUGUUCGCGUGGUCGAUGCCAUGUCUUACCAGUGGACUGGGAACAUUUUCCCGAUAUCAACCACACAAACAUAUGAGCAGGUCAUGUCAUGCUCGCGGCUGACGGGCGAAUUUGCGAUUUGCUUGCAGGAUAUGGUGCCUGAACAUGUUCGAGCCGUCUUCCACAAAGCAUACUUUACGAUCGCCAGCAACUACUUUCUUGAUACGAUGACUCGGCUGGCAAGAACAAGAAUGCUAGAUGCUCAGGAGAAGGAAGAGAUUACGCAAAUCACUUUGAUGCGUGAAACUGCGGGCGUCCCGGCAUACAAGUUCGAACCAGAUCUCGUCGUUGCGUUGCUGCACAUGCAACCUUCAAACAUGAUGCUCGAAGUCGAUGACCACCUGUCUACCGGGGAUGAAAUCUGCUCUAGUCCGGUUUCUUCUUUCGACGACACUCCAGCUUCAAGCAUGACACUGGACACCGCUACUCCUGCCGCUUCGAGCCAUACUCCUUUCCAAUUUAACCCCAACGGCACUUCGACACUCGAUAUUCCUCGAUCAGCACCCACUUCUCCCCAUCCAAGUGAUGACUUCUUCACUAAACCAAGCGAGAUGCAGUUUAGAGUGGAGUGUGUGUUGAAACACGAGUGCGCGAUUUGCAACGACGGAAAGUUGUUGACGAAGAAGGAGCUGGAAAAACAUGACACGGAACAUGAACACACUGCGAGCUGCACUGAGACUCUCUGUACAAGACGGUUCUGUGUUGCAAAGAGGAGAUCGACAUGUGAAGACCACCUGUUUCUGGGAAACGUGUGA